AUGAACGUGGAUCUGGAAUCCUUGGCGGAAGCCACUUCUGGAGCUAUAGGAUCAUUGCUCAGUUCAACAAUUCUCUACCCACUUGAUACCUGCAAGACUAAGUAUCAAGCCGAGGCACGUUCUCAUGGUAAUCGAAAGUACAAGAAUCUCUCUGACGUGUUAUGGGAGGCAGUAUCUAACCGUCGGGUGCUUUCCCUUUACCAAGGCCUUGGAACAAAGAAUCUUCAAUCCUUCAUUUCACAGUUUAUCUACUUCUAUGGAUACAGUUACUUUAAAAGGCUGUACCUGGAAAAAAGUGGAUAUAAAUCCAUUGGGACAAGAGCAAAUUUGUUAAUCGCCGCCGCUGCUGGGGCUGUCACAGCCAUUACAACUCAGCCCCUGGAUACAGCCUCUUCAAGGAUGCAGACAAGUGCCUUUGGAAAGUCUAAGGGACUACUGAAAACUCUUACAGAAGGUUCAUGGAGUGAUACAUUCGAUGGCCUUAGCAUUUCCUUGCUUCUGACCUCAAACUCUGCUACACCUAAAACCAUUCUCCACACCAGACAAUGA